UCUCCAAACGAAAAGAGGUCCAAGCCGAAAGCCAGAAAUAUAAAAAAAUUUACAAAAAAAGUUACAAAAGAUGUGGAUGUGCAAAUCGGAGAUGUUGCAGCUGCUGCUGCUGUUGGCCUGGUUAAAUGCUGUGUCAUUGCAGAAGCUGCAGUCAUUCCCAAGGCUCUGCAAUGUGCGCGACUUUGAUGACUUUCUGCGGCAGACGGGCAAGGUGUAUCCGGACGAAAGGGAGCGUGAGUUCCGUGAGAGCAUCUUCGCGGCGAAGAAGUCUUUGGUGGAUCUAUCCAACAGCCGUGUGAGCAGCUAUCGCCUCAAUAUUAACACACUCGCCGAUAUGACACGCAAGGAGGUUGCCACGCUGCUCGGUUCCAAGAUCUCAACUCAGGGCGAAGAACUGACCGCACGCCACAUCAACUUUGUGCCCGCCACAACCGCGUUAAGUGACAAUCUGCCGGAAUCGUUUGAUUGGCGUGAAAAGGGAGGCGUCACACCAGCUGGCUUUCAGGGAGUUGGCUGCGGCUCGUGCUGGUCAUUCGCGACAACUGGCGCUCUGGAGGGGCAUCUGUUUCGGCGCACUGGUGUGCUGGUGCCGCUGUCACAGCAAAACUUGAUGGACUGUGCCGAUGACUAUGGCAACAUGGGCUGUGAUGGCGGCUUUCAGGAGUACGGCUUUGAGUAUAUACGGGAUCAUGGCAUUACGCUGGCGAACAAGUAUCCCUACGAGCAGGUGGAGAUGGAAUGCAGGCAGAAUGAAACGGCCGGCAGGUAUCCACGCGAGAGCAUUGUCAAGAUACGCGACUAUGCGCGCAUCGAUCCGGGGGAUGAGCAGAAGAUGAAGCAAGUGAUUGCCACGCUGGGCCCCUUGGCCUGCUCAAUGAAUGCCGGUGCCAUAUCCUUUGAACAGUACGAUGGCGGCAUAUACGAGGACGAGGAGUGCAAUCAGGAUGAAGUCAAUCAUUCGGUCGUUGUCGUUGGCUACGGCACCGAAAACGGACGUGACUAUUGGAUCAUCAAGAACUCAUACUCACAAAACUGGGGCGAGGCUGGCUUCAUGCGACUCCCACGCAAUGCUGGCAGCUUCUGUGGCAUUGCCAGCGAAUGCAGCUAUCCUAUACUGUGAGCACGUGCCAGCCGUGCCUUAGUCUGUAUCUUUAAGUAUUUGUUAAUACCAUGUAUACGAAUUUAUUUUGUUACCAUAGUUUGUAGAAGG